AUGUGGGAACCAGAGUUUUCAUUCGUCGAAUUCGGCUCCAGCCAUCUCAACAGUCAACUGCCUUUUAAAUUUAGUCGGCUUCAGUUUCCCAUUCGCAUAGCAUUCGCUAUGACAAUAAACAAAAGCCAGGGACAAACUUUCAACAAAAUCGGUAUAUUUUUACCUAAUCCUGUGUUCACUCAUGGACAGCUCUAUGUUGCCUUCUCUCGAGUUCGAAGAUUCGAUGAUGUAAAAAUUCAAAUUAUCAAUACCACUGAACAAGGCUUGAAAGGUGAUAAAUAUUUAUCUAAAAAUGUUAUAUAUAAAGAAAUUUUAUUAUAA